AUGUCUGGACGUGGCAAAGGAGGCAAAGUGAAGGGGAAGGCCAAGAGCCGUUCUUCCCGCGCCGGACUGCAGUUCCCCGUGGGUCGUAUUCACCGUCUGCUGAGAAAGGGCAACUACGCCGAGAGAGUGGGAGCAGGCGCUCCCGUGUACUUGGCUGCCGUUCUUGAGUACUUGGCCGCAGAAGUCUUGGAGUUGGCAGGCAACGCUGCCCGCGACAACAAAAAGACCAGAAUCAUUCCCCGUCAUCUGCAGCUGGCCAUCCGCAACGACGAAGAAUUGAACAAACUCCUGUCCGGCGUGACCAUCGCGCAGGGUGGUGUCCUGCCCAACAUCCAAGCGGUGCUCCUUCCCAAAAAGACACAGAAAGCCGCCAAAUACAUCAUGGGCAACUACAAAGUCGGUAAUGACGCCUCUAGUGUCAACACCCAUCUGAAGAUGGCCCUCAAGAACGGAGUCAAGAAGGGAGUUCUCAAACAGGCCAAGGGUACAGGUGCCAGUGGUUCCUUCAAGCUGGGAGAGAAGCCCAAGACGGAGAAGAAACCCAAGACCAAAAAAGUCACCAAACCUAAGGCUGCCAAGCCCAAGAAAACGACCAAACCCAAGAAGACAACCGGGGAGAAAAAGCCAACAGAAAAGAAAAAGGCUGCCCCCAGAAAACAGCUCGCUACCAAAGCUGCUCGUAAAAGCGCACCAGCCACGGGUGGCGUUAAGAAACCGCAUAGAUACAGGCCAGGAACUGUCGCCCUCCGUGAAAUUCGGAGAUACCAGAAGAGCACUGAGCUUCUCAUCAGGAAGCUGCCAUUCCAGCGCUUGGUCCGGGAAAUCGCUCAGGAUUUUAAGACCGACUUGCGUUUCCAGAGUUCAGCUGUCAUGGCUUUACAGGAAGCAAGCGAAGCUUACCUUGUUGGUCUCUUUGAGGACACCAACCUGUGCGCCAUUCACGCCAAGAGAGUAACCAUCAUGCCCAAAGACAUCCAGCUGGCCAGACGUAUUCGUGGAGAGCGUGCUUAA